AUGAACGGGCAUCUGCAGAAGAAUCCACCCUGUGACAUGGUGCAGCCCAGUGGUGGCCCAGCGGGGGACCAGGACUUGCUGCCUGAAGAGUCUCCUCUGGGGAAGCCGGCCAUGCUCCACCUGCCUUCGGAGCAGGGUGCUUCUGAGACGCGCCAGCGCUGCCUGGGGGAGAAUCAGGAGCUCCGAGAUGCCAUCCGGCAGAGCAAUCAGAUGCUCCGCGAACGUUGUGAGGAGCUGCGGCAUUUCCAGGUCAGCCAGAGAGAGGAGAAGGAGUUCCUCACGCACAAGUUCCAGGAGGCCCGGAAGUUGGUGGAGAAGCUGAGCCUGGAGAAGUUGGAGCUGAGGCGGCAGAGGGAGCAGGCCCUGCAGGAGGUGGAGCACCUGAAGAGGUGCCAGCAG